AUGUCAACCAAUGAUGGGAAGGACCAUAUUGGUGAUACUCUAUCUAAGAAGAUAUUAUCGAGAGGCAUAGAUAUGCAUGCUACUGGAAAAGACAUUGCAACUCAUCUAUCACAACCAGCUACUGGCUUUUUCUCCAACGGAGCCCCCAGGGUUGGUCUAGGGAUCCUUAAGCUGUGUCAUAUAUUGGCGUAUCAGGCUGGAUCUGGUAGAUUAUCAUUCCCACGUUGCCACAUCAAUGUAUUGAAUUCCCUUUCAGUGGUGCAUCCUAAAUGCUGGGAUCUAAAUACUUAUCUAGAAAUUUGGACGCCAGCUGAUAUGCAUGAGGUCAUCCCUCAACCAGCUACUGCGCAUGACCCUGCCGAACUUGCCCUUGGCCACCAUGCUGACCUAGAGCUUUCCCCCGGCAAUCAAGCUGCCCCAGAUAUGAGUCUUGUCAUGGAUCCAAAAAAUGUUACUCCUGAGCUGGUUCAAACACCUGAUCCAUGUGAAGAUCUCAGAGGAAUUGUUUUGUGCAAGGAUGCUGUUAAUUCAGGAGCAAACCCGUGUCGUAUCAAAGCUCUUUAUUAUAUAUGUAAUGUCCAGGCAGACACGGAUGAAGCCAUGUACAAACAUACCACAUGUCCUUGCAAUCAGUUAAUCACUGGCUCUGACUCACUCCUGUCUCCUACUGAACCAUCCUUAUCUCAUAUGCUUGAUUAUCUGGUCAACCUCAGAGAUUCAGACAAGCUAGUUGAGGCUAUCAAGAACCAAGAAUCAACCCUUUUGCAGAACUCCAAUACCAAUAAACACAAGGCUACUUCAAGAUUUGACUAUUUCAGUUCAACCUCACAAAGAGGAUGUUCAAUAUACCAGUGGCCAAAGUAA